ACGGACUUUACGCUAGCCAGAGGAACCGCAUCGUGAGAACCAGAGGUGACGAGAAGGAGCCUACCUGAGAGUCAUUGAGAUAAGAAUCAUCGGCACCAUAGGGAUUUCUUCAUUCGAUAAGGAUUACGCUUAGAUCGAAGGACGGUGGACGAAUCUCGGUCUGCGGGUAGAGAGUCUGGCUGGACGCAGAAGCGGAGUGAACGUAUUCUGGGCAGAGUUCUCACACAGCAAUAACUUCAUGAACAUGACAGAAUGCGAGGACAGCUGGCGUGUACAGAGUAGGUGAGGCAAUUGUGUCGAUCGUUCUACCACCAGAGGAAUAGGAACACUGACCUGUAUUCACAAAUGAGGAUAUGUGUGCGGAUAUUGAAAAGACCUGGGCUUCCUUGAAAUUUCCGCCACGAGAAAACAGCGUCGAGGCUGUGAGUCGGGAGAUCGCGUCAACGAGGCGGUGAGACCAGGGAAAAAGAAAACCCGGAGUUUUGCUUUAAGAGUAAGGCAACAUUUUUGGACGGGUAGGCAGGGACGAAGGGGCAAAACAGAGCUCAAGGGAGGGAAGGACGCGAGAUGAGACAAGCUGCGAGGCACACACUGUCGGCAUUAACCGUUACACUGAGUCUUACAUUUUGCGCCGUUAGAUCCGAGCGCAAGUAAGAACAACACAGAGUUACACUUACAGAACUCGCAAACGGCAACGCAGAUCUUGUCUGUCUGAAUGCGAGAGGGGAUCUUUCCACGAUCUGUUUGUUCUCGUCUUUUUUCGGCUUGCGCUCGGUUACUGCUGCAAAAGAGUCUCCCAGCCACUUGGCGCGAAACAAGUGAACGCUUGACUCGCCAAGUCUCUUCGUGUAGGAGACCACGAAGGAAGUAACGGAAGAAGGGGAGGACGAGGGGCGCGUUCCAGUUUUUGUCACAUUCAGAAAAAUUAGUGGAGCUCCGGACACAUUUUCAGCGAUGUGGAAGGCGUUGUUCAACAAAUCCUUUGCGUGAAAAUUCCGACACAUGGAAUCACAGCCAACUACGACGGCUCGCGUCACGAGGCGUCACAUGCGGCACCCUGUACACUCGAAGUAUCAAACUGUUCCUGUUCCAUUUUGUUUCUUUUUAUGUAGGCUCAGAAAAACCAUGGCCUCCAUUCCGACGUUGUCUUGAAGCAUGCGUUCGUCCUUUUGCGGUGCUGCGUCCGGCUCCUCGCUCUACAGAAUGGCUGUUUGCGCUAGGACCUACACCGACGAACAAAGUGCUCUCAUUUAAGGCACAUGUUGAUCCCCUCCUCCUCCUCCUCAUUUGCCUGGAUAAGCCUCCACUGAGGUUCCUCGGUGCAGUCCGCCUCUCCAUUUCCGCCGUUUUCUUCUGAUUUUUUUGUUCGCCUUCAGUUCGUUUUUCUGGCUGUCCAUGUAGUGCCGAAGGAGGAAUUGACCAUGACGGACAGGUGCUGGAUUCCUCAUCCCACUGAGGUUUGGGGGAUCGCAGUUCCAGCCGGGGCCCCCGGCACCUGCACGUAUAAACUUGUCGAGGUCACCGAUGAUGGCACCGACCCGCGCAAAUUGGAAGUCACUUUAGCCAAGUCAGCUUUGACACAAGUCGCGCCUGUUACAGACCCGCGAUCCCUUGAAGGCGUCCAAAAUGUAUGCGUCCUGGGCGAUGUGUCAGAGGCGUCUGUUCUCCAUACAGUCCGUCUUCGAUAUCAAAGAGACGAAAUCUACACAAACGUAGGGCACAUUGUUCUCGCCCUCAAUCCCUUUAAAUAUCUCCAGCUGUAUGGUCCCGACUUCGUUCGGACUUAUUUUGAAGACACGCAUGUAUUCGACCUCCCACCGCAUCUCUUCCAAGUUUCUGCGGCCGCAGUCAAAGGUCUAUCAGAAAGAGGGAAACCUCAGAGCACGCUGAUCACAGGCGAAUCCGGCGCUGGCAAGACGGAGUCGACCAAGUUGAUUCUUCAGUUUCUUGCCGACGUCAGUGAGUUAUCCUCGUCUUCGUCGUCUUCGUUCAAAGUUUCUUCUGGCGCACGCUUAGUGGAGAGAGCUGAAAGGAACAGAAGCAUCAGUCAGAAAGACCGGGGGUCUUGCGGGACUGGAGGAGACAACGCUCUCCAAUCAGGCGUUGGAUCUGGAAGCCAAGGGCGCGAGGCGACGUCUCUUCAACAGAGAAUUUUAGAGAUAAGCCCGGUCUUGGAGAGCUUCGGAAAUGCAUCGACUAGCAGAAACCCCAACUCCAGUCGAUUUGGGAAGUGGAUUGAAGUCUAUUUCGGGGACAAAUUAAAGGUCCUAGGCGCCAGUAUCACGUCGUACCUUCUCGAGCUUCCACGCGUGACUCGCCACAUCGCAGGGGAGAGAAACUACCAUGUCUUUUACCAACUAGUUCACGGUUUGAAUACAUCUGAUUUAGUCGGCGUGGCUGAAACGUAUCGCCUGGGAACCGAUUCACUGGCCUUCUCCUAUCUCACACCUCAAGAACAAACCGUGAACACCAAAAGUACAAAAGCAGACACAGAGGUUUCAUCGCCGGCUCCUGAUAUUGAUGAUCUCACCGGCUUCUCAGAGCUGAAACGCGCCCUGCUGGUCCUGGGUUUCAGUCCUUCAACCCAGAAUUCCAUUUUCUCUAUUGUGGCGGCGAUUCUUCAUCUUGGCAACGUCACUUUUGCUCCCGAAGCCGGAGGUGAAAAGUGCUCUGUGGUGAGCAACAGUCGCGAUCACCUCACAGCAGCGAGCGAGCUCUUGGGCCUCGAUGUGCCGCUGGUGGAAGGAGCUCUGACGAGCCGUAAGAUGAAGACAGGAAAUGAGAGCAUUCUGAUUCCGCUCAAGACCGACCAAGCCGAUGCCGCGCGCGACAGCUUUGCAAAGCUCGUUUACGGGUAUCUCUUCAACUGGCUCAUUGCGCAGACCAACGCAAAUCUAGCGCCUUCUGGAGGAAUGGAUUUCGAUUUGAAUCGCUACGUGGGGCUGCUGGACAUCGCUGGUUUCGAGAGCUUUCGCGUAAACGGAUUUGAGCAGCUCUGCAUCAAUCUGUCGAAUGAAGAGUUGCAACACCAUUUCAAUGCAGAUAUUUUCCUGAACGAAGUCAAGGACUACGAGAAUGAUGGACUGCAGGGGGUCUCAAUUACGUAUGAGGACAACGCCGAUGUGUUGUCGCUGAUUGCGGGAAAAGGCGGCGUCAUUGCAACUCUCGACGAAGAGGUGUUUGUCCCCAGAGGCUCUGAUCAAGGCUUCCUCAACAAAUUGAACAAGGCCCAAACGAACCACAAACGCUACAUUGAGAACAAAAUAAAAGGGUCGAUGGCCUUCGGCAUUCAACACUACGCAGGAGAUGUGACUUACACUGUCACCGGCUGGCUCGUGAAAGACCAAAAUGCGCCGCCUCAAGAGGCGAGAGACUGCCUCUUAACUUCGGAAAAUCCAGUUGUAAAGGCCAUUAUGGAGACAGCGUCCAGCGACACUCAACGACGAGGCCCGGGGGGGAAGAGUACUGUAGGCUCUGUCUUCAAGAAGCAACUGACUGAGCUGAUGGCGAAGAUAAAUGGAACUGACAGUCACUACAUCCGGUGCAUCAAGCCGAACCCCGCACAUAAGCCAAGGGUGAUCCACUCGAGCCAGAUUCUGAAUCAACUCGUCUGCUCAGGCGUCAUGGAGGCAAUUCGCAUUCGGAAGUCGGGGUUCGCCUUGCGUCUCUUACACCAGGACUUCGUGGACCGCUACCGGCUCGUGUUGGGCUCGAAAGCCGCGGCAGGCCUUCGGACCCUUGAUGCCGCCAGUGCAGCCCAGCAGCUGGUAACCCAGCUGGUUGCGAACAAAUGGGUUUCCCAGGAGGAAUGUCUCAUCGGCAGAACCAAGGUAUUCGCCAAAUCCACUGUUCAAGACUUCCUUGAACGCGCCCGAGAGGAAGCUCUGGUCGAACCCGUGAUUCUCAUUCAAGCUCUGUAUCGCGGCUACCGAACCCGCCAGCAGUGCAGAGUUCUCUUUGAGGUGUAUGGACAGCUGAAGGAGUUUCUGGACGCGGGCAGCGAGGCGUCGAAGCGCGGGGGCUACUUGACAGAUCCCGUUUUCCCCGAUGCCAGCACCCCUGAGCUGCUUCAGAAGAAAGCGAAUUCGUUGGGAGAUUUAAUUUCACAACUCGAGACUCUUGAUGCCUCUCUUCAACCAAGGUGCCUGUCAACUGUCUCCAAGUACCACGUUCGAAUGACCCAGGAAGCGUCGCUUUCCCUGGAGCUCAAGCGUCAGCUGGAACUCACAGAUGGAGAGGGCGCUGAGGACGAGUGUGACGCACUCUCAAUGCUACGCGCGACUCUGCAGAAAGCAGAAAGUAAAAAAGUCUCAGGACCUUUCGUUACUGCGGCGCGAGAGCGGGUGAAUCGACUGGAGGCAGAGACCAGCCUCGGAGACUUGCUUGACCAGGCUCUGCAGGCCAAAGACAAAGAUGAUUUAGCCCACCUCCUAACAGAGGCGAGGCAGCUUGAGCUCUCGUCCACGCCCUCUCGCUUCUUCACUUCCUACCUCUCCUCGGUCGUUGCCGCGGCAGAGGGGUACCUUGCGAGCAACGCGAGAGAGAAUGAACGACUUCAGCGAGAGAGGGAACAGGCAGCAGAGUCCCGGAAGGCGCUGAAGGAAAGACAGCAGCAAGAGGCCCUGCUGAAGGAUGCAGUUGAAGAGCGCAAACGAAGUGAUCGGUUGUCUCUUCUCUCUGUGGCUUCCGAUAUCAAAAAGGCCAAGAGGAACCACGAGGCUCAUCGAGGUGUACAGACAGCAGAAACGUCCAGCCUGAGGAUCGAGUACGACGAGGAAGCAACCGUGUCCACAUCCGAGUCAGAGUGGACUGAAAGCAGCGAAGCAGAAAGCGAAGAGCCUCUCAGCGACCCCUACUCCACCAAAGAUGAAGAAGGCGGCGAAGGCCUGGCGUCUGCGUAUCUGCGGAAGUUCAUGCAGGAGGUGGCGCGCGCGACCCGGGAGUGCGACCCGGCGCAGCUGACAUUUUUUCUCGAGCGGGCGAGAGAAGCGAAUCUCGGUAAAGGCCCGCGAGAGCUGCAGCUUGCGCGCGUGCAGUUGGAGAAUUUAAGCGAUCCGUCGUUCCUCAACGCGGAGUUGAAGGAGGCGACGAUCGGCGUCACGUGGGGUGUUGCGACACAGGAAGACUUCGUCAAGCUGCGGAACCUCGUUGAGCAAGCGAAGGCGAUCAGAGCGAAGCAGAAGGGAGAAGCAGAGAGAUCUGACCCUCUGCGCCUCCAAACCAUUGACGAGAAAGUCUUGGCAUCGGCAGCUGCAACGCUUGAGUCUCUGAGGAGAACGGAAGGCAGAGAACGCGGUUCCUCCGCCAAGUUUGGAGGCACCUUCGGUGAGAGGGGAGACAGAGGAGGUGGACUGACGGCGUAUCUUUUCGAGAACUACCCCCUGCUUGGCAUCAACAUCCGGAUUCAGGAAACCAAGAGCAUGCGAAAGACGGAGCAACUUGUGCUGCGCCGGGAGGAACUGUUGAGCCAUCAAACGGAUCCUUUGGCAGAGCCUUUGCUGCAGCUGCCUGACCAUCACGCCGAGGUGGUGGCGCUGACGUGUUUUCGCUCUCUUUUGGGAGUGAUGGGAGAGCGUUUCUGUGUAGGGCGAAGCGCGCUGAGUGACGAGAUUUUGGCGUUGGGCAGAAACGCAGAAGAUCUUCGAGACGAGAUUUACUGUCAAAUUCUCAAGCAGCUGAGAAACAAUCCCUCGGCAGGGAGCACCGUUGCGGGACUCCGGCUUCUCCAGUCCUGCUGUCAGACCUUUCCGCCUUCCGAGACUCUCGCGCCUUACCUACGCUUCGCGAUCCAGAGUUUCUUGUCUGGGCUCUCUGCGCCUGGAGGCGAGAGCACGGGCGCCAUCAAAUUUCAGCAAGAAGUGGAGCAAAUCUGUCGACAGGCUCUACACGAUCUCGAGCUGACCUGCGGAGCCUCGAGAGAAGAGGGAAGGCGGCCAGGGGACAGCACGGGCCAAGGCGCUGUCUCCGCCGAACGAGAGACACGCAUGUAUGUUCAGAUACGACUCGCAGACGGAUCACAGCGACGCCUCGCGCUUGACGGCGACCUUCCAGGCGAUCUCUCUCGGCGUCUGGUGAAGGAUCUGAAUUUACUCGGUGCAGACUCUUGGGCCAUUAUGGAACAGCUUUCCCAGUACGACCUUAAAAAGACAAGCGCGCGAGAAUCUCCACCAGCCACAUUUCGCCUCUUACCACCUGAGGAACUUGUUCAGGAUUACCUCUCCAAACGAGAUUCUCAGGUCCAGUUAUGGCUUCGUCGUCCGAUGCUGAGUCUGGAAGAUCCUCUGUCUCUGCAUCCUGCGACGGCAGCGCUGAUAUAUCGUCAGGCAGUCUCUCAGUAUCAACAGCAUGUCUUCAAUGAGGAUCCCAGUCUCCUAGCAUCGAUAAGUGCCCAUUUGCUUCAAGCGGACGGUCUCCUAGACUCUUCGCCGCCUCGAGUUCCACCCUGGCCGUCACUCAGCUGGACCAUUCCUCAGCGUCUCCACUGGCUUCGGAGUGAAGCAGACUGGACAGCAGCCAUUGCGGAAGAGGCGAAGCACAUCGACCCUGAGGAAGGCGACCUUCUCGCUAUGGGGGCUGCGUUCCGCCUCAUGCAGAAGUUGCGAGGCUUUGGAGGCUAUGUUUGGCUUGCAGACGCCUUCCCACUUUUUUCGGCGGACCUGAAAGGCGAGGCGCGACUGCAUGCAGUGUUGAAGCAGACAACGCCUGGGUCGCGUGUUUCUCUCUCGCCGUUGAUUGAAAUGAGGCGAGUGCCGUUGGCGCUUCGUCGCCGGUUUUUGCCGCUGUUAGGCGAUGAAGAAGACAGGGAGUGGAUGCAGCAGCUCGCGCUCCUUGCGCAGAAGCAGCAAACGAGGCGAAGUCGAAAAACAGAUCCGACGCAUACCUCAAGCUCGUCAUCGAAGGCAGCGUGGCUCAACGAAGGCAGCGAUGGGCAUGUUCUCUCUACGAAGAUAGCGAACUUCAAGAGACGCGUCUGCAGAGCCCUGCUGUGCCGGACAGAUCCGUCGUCGCGCAGUGCCUCUUGGGGAGCUGUGAGAGGCCGGAAACGAGACCCUAAGAAAACGAAAAACGCGUUCAAACUCACUGGAAGGUGGUGGAUUGCCGUGAGCCACCGCGGAAUCGAAAUCGCGACUGUCUUCGAUUCAGACGGUCUCGCGGCGGCGCCCGUGCCUGACUCCGAGGCAGCACUGUUCGCUUCUGAGGCUGACCGAAGGACCGAAAAACGACCACAGAAACGGGGAAAAGCGUGGAAGGACUCGGACGAAGACGCAGAAGAUGGAGCCAUGCAGGAAGACGCGGACCUCGAAAACCACAGAAGCACAGCGAAAGAACAAAACGGAGACAGCGGCAGGAACAGUGAAAUACAACAGGGCUCAGAAAAAGGCGUAUUCACCAUUUCUCCGGAGAAGCUUUGGCUGGUUGCUGCCGUGCCGCCUCGUGGGGAAGCACCUGACCGCCUCAUUUUGGGCUACGACGAUCCCAGGACAGGAAAAAGAAGGUUGGAGGCAUUUGUCACUCAAGUUGCUGCGGACGACGUGGUUCGUCUCGUUCUUUUAUUCUUCCCCUUCUGUGCCCUCGAUAAUCAGGCUCCUCCGACAGGUUAACCAUGCGCCGUUUUUGUCUUGCUGAUCGUUCUCUCUGUUUCUAGGCGUUGCGCUGAAGUGCUGCAGUGUCUCCUCUUCAGAUUCUUCGUGCUGUUCGUCUCGUCCUUAAAGUCUCGUUUUUGUGUUGUCUCGAAAACUGUCACUCUUCUCUCUUGUCGCUGUGUGUGUUUGCAUACAUCUUGUAUUGUGACGCUUCAGCUUCUCCCUCUUUAUUUUGGCUUUGACUUCGUUUACAGGUCAGUGUCGCCCUCUUGUGAAAACUCUUUCUCUUUGCCUGUACGCGACACUUUCAAAACACAAUUCCGGAGCUUGAUUAGGAUUUAGAGUUUCUGUUUCACACACGCGCUGAGAUCUACCACAACGCGCGCUUUCUGUUCAGUCAUCUCCCCUUUCCGUUUAGUGGCUCUGGAGUCUUUUUCAUCGGGACGCCUCUUGAUCUCACCUACCUCUUGCACUGCCAGUGACCCUCCGCACCUAGUUCCUAUUUCAUCGUCCUUUUCUUUUCCAAUUCUCGUUUCGUUUCUGCCUACUGUUUCCCCUCUGCUUCUGGCGGUUCUUCGUCUGUCUCUCGUUUACCUUCUGCUUCGUCUCCUGCGUCUCUUGUGUCUCUUUCGCUUCUCAUUCUCCUGCUUCAUGACGCCCCUCUUCUCCUUUCUCGUUUCGCCUGAGCCUCCCCACGUUCGCCUUCUCAGUGUGAUUGCACACACAUUCUCCGUCUCUGUCUUGCAUCGCCUGAGACUCCGUUUCGCCACCGUUCUAAUAUCUCGCCGGAGCCAGUGACACCCGUAAAUCUACAUGCUGUCGAAGCAGCAUGAUCACUAGAACUCUUCAGCUUAUAGGCUUCACCGCUCGCGCUCCAUAUCAC